GCGACUAUGCUUUAAAUCUUGCAACAAUUGUAGCAUCCUUCCCUAAAGCGAUAAAACCCCUUCAAAACCCUAUUUCCAUUUACCAGAAAAUCUCCACCGGAAAAUGUCACUACCAUUUUCUUCACCACUGUACUUCAACCCUAAUAGUUCAUUCUCCGAUUUCCGCGGAAAAUCAAUUUCGUACGGGCUGUGGAGAAGAAACAGUGUAAGAAAAUCACUUUUGGUGGUGAAAGCUGGUCCUAAGAGAAUCGAAUUUGACGGGAGGUGCAGAGAUGCUUUACUUUCUGGGAUCAAUAAGCUUGCCGAUGCUGUUUCCGUUACACUGGGACCCAAAGGGCGAAAUGUGGUCCUUUCGGAGGCCGAUACACUUAAAGUGAUAAACGAUGGUGUUACUAUUGCCCGAGCCAUAGAGCUCUCCGACACAAUUGAGAAUACUGGAGUACUGCUUAUCCAAGAGGUCGCUACUAAAACAAACGGGUCAGCUGGUGAUGGUACAACAACUGCAAUUGUAUUGGCUCGAGAAAUGAUUAAAUUCGGAUUGUUGGCUAUCACUAAUGGAGCUAACCCCGUUUCUCUAAAAAAGGGAAUGGAGAAAACAUCAAAAGAGUUGGUGAAAAGUUUGAAGGAGAAAAGUUAUGCUGUAAAAGGAAGUGACGACAUUAAAGCUGUAGCUUCGUUAUCUGCUGGAAAUGAUGAAAGUAUUGGAACACUAAUUGCUGAAGCUAUUGAUAAAAUUGGUCCCGAUGGAGUAAUAUCAAUUGAAUCAUCUUCAUCAUCAGAAACUUUUGUGAUCGUUGAUGAAGGAAUGAAGAUAGAUAAAGGGUAUAUGUCGCCACACUUUGUCACAAACAAGGACAAAUCUACUGUGGAAUUUGAAAAUGCCCGAGUUCUUGUGACUGAUCAAAAGAUAUCCACUGUAAAAGAGAUUGUUCCGUUGCUGGAAAAGGCUACACAAUUGAGUGUCCCAUUGCUGAUUAUUGCUGAAGAUAUCUCUCGGCAAGUGCUGGAAACUCUAGUGAUGAAUAAAAUGCAAGGCGUGCUUAAUGUUGCUGUUGUAAAAUGUCCAGGGUUUGGGGAUGGGAAGAAAGCUGUAUUGCAAGACAUUGCGCUUAUGACAGGAGCUGAUUUUUUAUCUGGAGAUUUGGGCUUGACUCUUGAUACUGCCACAUCUGAUCAACUUGGUAUUGCUCGAAAAGUGACCAUAACAAGCAAAUUCACUACGAUAGUUGCAGACUCUUCAACCAAAGCUGAAAUACAGGCAAGAGUGAUGCAGAUAAAGAAAGAUAUUGCUGAGACAGAUAGCAAAUAUCUGGCAGAAAAGCUUAGUGAACGAAUGGCAAAGCUUUGUGGUGGGGUGUGUAUAAUUAAGGUUGGGGCGCAUACAGACAUUGAACUUGAAGAUCGAAAACUAAGAAUAGAGGAUGCAAAAAGUGCCACUUUUGCAGCAAUAUCCGAAGGUGUGGUACCUGGUGGUGGAGCCACCUAUAUACAUCUCUCAAAGCAAAUACCUUCGAUUAAGAAGGCCUUCCAAGACCCUGAUGAACAGAUUGGUGCAGACAUUGUUGGAAUGGCACUUCUUGCACCUGCAAAAUUGAUUGCAGCAAAUGCAGGAGUUGAUGGAGACGUAGUUGUGGAAAAAAUUAAAGCUUGUGAUUCAAGAAUCGGUUAUAAUGCAAUGAAUGGGAGAUUCGAAGAUCUGAUGAAUGCUGGAGUAAUUGAUCCUUGCCGUGUGUCGAGAUGUGCACUCGAGAAUGCUAUAUCUGUUGCUGGUAUGAUUCUUACCACCCAAGCCAUAUUAGUAGAGAAAACUAAGACACCUAAGCCACUUGUUCCACAUAUUCCUGGUAUAUCCCCUUAAAUUAUUGGGGCUGGGGUUUGUAAGAAAAAUCUUAAAGCUUACACAAGAGUAGUAGUUAAAGUGCUUCUUCGUCGAACAAGUGCCUGUUUGAAGAAUACAAUUUGGUUCUUUUUCACUUGAAGACGCUGUAUUUCUUGCUUCUUUAUAGAUAGCACCAUACCGCCACCAUGGUUGACGAAAUAUGUUCGUUGAAGGACAUUCUUGACAUAGCUGCAUAAAUAUUACAUGAUUUUCGUUACUUUAUGUAUGAAUCCCGUUUUCGAAUCGUUUGAUUAUUUACUAAUUGAAUUACAAGCCCGACACAGAGAUUUAUGA